AGAUUAUAAUGUACGAGAAACGUAUAGUUGAUUAUGGCGUUGGUCGCCACAUUGAUAUAUUUACAUUUAUUGUUAUUCUUGCGAACUAUUGUUGCAUUUAGGUGUGGUAAUUCUGGUAUCCAUAUAUCUAGUUCAUUGUACAACACUGGAUUCCGUGCUCCACAUUCACUUGAAGCUUACACAUUUAGUGAUACUUCACGUUUCAAUGGACAUGGAACUCGAUUUACGUCAAUUUUGGCCAGGCCCAAAUCAAAAUCUACUGUUACAACAGAGGUCGUGACUGCAUCCAAUCCAGAGGAAGACAAUGCCUCUCCAGACUCUGAAUAUCAAGAUGAUUCCACAGUCUCAACUGACAAUGUAGAGGUUGGAGAUAAGGCUCUGGAUUAUGCACAUUCCAGUGCUGUGGACAACAAUGAUGAGGAUGAACUCGCUGGCGAUGCUACGUCGACCAACUCAUUUAGGAGUAUUGACCUAUCGGGUAGCAACUGGUCCACUUCAUCUUACCCUGGCGCUGGCAAUACCACUGAUGAAAUGAAGGCAUCGAUGUAUAUGUUAUUCCGUGUAUUUGAUACAUCACGUCAUUUGCCAAGUACUGAACUUAUUGGUACAUUACGGACGUACAUGUCGUCGUACAUUGACGAGUCCACUUAUGACAUUUUCACUUAUGAGGAGUUGUCUAAGGAGAUGCCACCGAUAUAUAUGGUUAAGUUCCUGGACAUUGACGCUUAUGACUACAUGCGUCGUCGCAUAUACAUUCGAGAUGCCAAGAAUGCCCGUUUAAUGGAUAUGUUUUACUUCCACGUUUCGUGGUACUUCCCUCGCAGCACUUCGCGGAGCUUGUUAUCGCGUUACUAUAGCCCUCGUCGUCCACGAAAGAAUUAUUUUACUCGCACUCGUCGUGCAUCGUAUAGCAAUCCAUCUGGGUAUCGGCCUGCACCUCCUAGUUACUCUUAUGGUAUGCCACCUCCGGGUCCUCUGGAUAGUGCAGGUCCAUUCUACCCUCCUGGUGGCAUGGGCAUGCCGCCUUCUCAAGGUUUCAUGCCACCUCUUCCGAUGCCUAUGCCAUAAAUCGCAGUAUCUUAAGGUUUUU